CUAAAAAGCGAAAGUCAAGCUUCCGUGUGCGUCCGAUACCGUGUGUAGCUGUCAAACUCAGAGAGUGAAAGAAGAAAUGCGCGGGCGACGAUUCGAAGUCCAGUUAUGUGGCGAACGCCGCGGAGAGAUGACGUACUCUGUGCACAGAUUCUAACGUGUUCAAAAUAUCGCGAUUAAAAACUAUGAACGUCAAAUAAUGGACAUAAAAGAAAUAAUCAAGUGGUUUAUACCGUGCUUCCAUAUUUUGCUAGCGUUAUUCGUCAAGAUGGACUCAAAAUUAACAUUCGUUUAUUUGUUUUUAUUUAUCAAUUUGUGCCCCACUUUUGGGGCAAGGGUGAAUGCGGGGGUAGAUUUAAGUGAUAGUUUAAAUUUAAAUGCAACCAAAAAUGUAGGUUUUACUGAAAGUUACAAUUUAAACCAAAGUGAGGUGAUUGAAGAGAAACUGCAUGAAACUAAAAGCAUCGAGGACGCGGCUGUAGGAAGAACCUUCGGCCGUCCCUUCAAGAAGAUGAUGGCUGGCCUGCUGCCGAUCAUCUUCCAGAUCGGAGCCGCCUCCACUUGGGCGGUCAUUGCCACGCUGGUGGGUGUCAAGACGCUCUUCGUUACCCUGGUGAUACUCAAGCUGCUGCUCGUAGCUGGUGCUGCUAAGGCUGGAGCUCUAUUCGCCAGCAAAGGUCAUCACCAAGGACAAGGGUGGCAGCCACAUCAGAAAGAAAUACAUCUGCACAUCCACAACGGCCAGUAUGGGCCGCACCCUACGGGUCAUGAGGAACAUGCUCAAACGUGGAGCAGAAAUGAAAUUGUUGAUCCAAACGGCGCCAAGAACCCCUACAACAUUGUUCUAGAACCGUACGGUCCUCAAACACUCAGCACGCCUUACGGAAAAACUACUCAAGACUCUAACAAUCCUAUUUCUACGCGAAACACCAGGCAGCAGAUGGAAAAAGCUCAUUAUGGAGUUGACUGAAGAAGAGGUCACAAUCCUCAACUUGAUGUCAUGGACCGACUAGCGACUAUGGGACCACAGAUUAUAUCGGUGCUACUUUGCGUUCUUGCCAUAAGUAUUUCCAAUUGCGCCUGUUGAACGUGCGAGACAAAAUUGGUUUAUUCCAAUUUGUACUGCAAAAUCAAAUUUACUAAAAAUUUUGUGUGCUUUUUAUAUGGGAGUCUCUUAUUUAUCUAAAAUAAGAAUUAUUUUUCGCUACUUUUAUCUCUGUGAAUAUGACAAGGAUGCAAAGUAACACCGUGUAAUAAGGGACUAUGGACUGUGACUUAAAUAGGUACUCGUAUCUACAAGAAUUAAUGCUUGUUAAAGAUUGUUUUAGUUGAAUCUGCAACGAAUUUCACUUUAGUAUUGACUAUUCAUUUCUUCCUUAAUUCACUUCAGUUCUUACUUAUAUCUGACAGAUAUUCUUAUUGUAGUUAUUGUUUUAUUUUCCGUCCAGUGUAAAUCUUCUAAUAAAUAUCAUGAACUUACCUAUUUAAGGCUGUAUUUAGAAUUAUCUUAUUUAAGUAUUUAAUUACGUAUUUCCUACAUUUCAGUCGGAUAAUGAAAAUGUUAACCUCUCUUAUCGUAAUCAUUUAAUGGGAAGUUAACUUAUUUAAAGAUUAAGAUGUCAUAUAAAUGAUACUGUUUUAUUUAUUGUGUACAUAUUGUUAUAAUGGUUAGCUUUCUCGUUAAUCGACUACUUGAAAGGCUUUUUAUAUUUUAACCUACUUAGUAAUUAUAUUAAUAUUAAUUUAUUUAAUUAAGCAAUUAAAAGUUCACCAAUAGCACCAUCGUCACUGUAGUGUUAAGAUUUUUAGUAUAUUUUGAAUGCAGUGUUGGCAAUGUUAAUAUUUAUUUGUGGAAUGCAAGCUUGGCUGUAAUAAAUAAAGUAUUACU